CAUCCAUCAUGGAGGACCCAGAAUCACCACGAGGGGCGGAGUCAUCCAGGGGGGAGGAAGAGGAGUGUGGGGGGGGUGUAGUCAGUCGGGGUAUGGAAGGGGUGUUGUUGGGGGGGGAUAUAGUCAGGCGGGGAGGGGUGUUGUCACACUGGGGGGGGUCAUCGGAAGGGGGUGUUGUCACCCUGGGGGGGUCAGUGGGGGGAGAAGUGUUGUGACCCUGGGGGGUACAGUCAGUCGGGGUGGGGGGUGUUGUCACCCUGGUGGGUCAGUCGGGGUGGGGGGGGUGUUGUCACCCUGGUG